AUGGUUGGCGUUAUUCGUCGUCUCAAUGUCGUCAGGGAACUCCUGAACAUCCGCGCCGGGCCGGGCGCUGCCCUCCUCCCCAAGGAGGUCACCAAGGUGCAUUUGCAGUUUGCUCACAAGAUCGAAGGUGGCCAUAUGGGUCCCAGGAAGUUCUGGAGGCAGAAUCUCCCGAAGCUCAAGUACUGGAAUCCCGCGGUCCCCAUGGUGAUCAACAGGACAAGCGACCAGAACGGUCCCGCUGUCAUGACCAUUUACUUCCGCAACGACAAGGAGGCUACGCCAUCUUCGGCCCCCUUUCCGAUUUCCUCGGCUGACGGUUCAUCCCCAGCCCCGAAGCCUGCCAAGGGCGAGAGGAUAGUCACCAUCGACAUGAAGAACCGCAAGUCGUCCGUUAUUCUUAACGAAUUUCUGACCACGACUGGUGCCGUUCCACUUCAGCCGACGCCCAAGGACGAGGAGGAGUUCCGCGAGUUCGAGGACCUUCGUAGGAAGUCCGAGAUUGACCGCGAGCGCAUCCGGAAGAUGAACGAUGCAAAGAAGAGAGAGAAGGCCAUGUUGGCCAAGGCCAUGAGCGACGCCCAGUCCAUCAAGGCCGCUUCCGCAUAG